UUUAUACGUAACUCCUGGUUGAUUGGUGAGUGCUUGGGAAGGCUGUGCCUUUGUUAUUAUUAACCAUUAUAACUUCUCGUAGAGUGAGUAGAUUUGCUGCGUAGAAUAUUCAACCGGUUGAAAUUGUAAAUUUAAGUCUUUAUAGGAACGAGAACGCAAAUAUGAGUAAGACACGAGCGACUGAAACCAUAAAGCAGAGGAUAAACGAGUAUCGAACGAAAAUUGAUGAAGCAAUUGAGAUUGAAGAAGAUUGUAAGGCAAAGCUUGAGCAUGCCAAAGAAAGGCAGACAAACAGUGAGACAGAAGCCAGAUCUUUGCGAAAUCGUGUGGAAUUUAUAAAAGCAGAAAUACGUCGGGUGAAUAAGAAGAAAAGCGAAACUGAGAGUCAACUCGAGCAGCACGAUGCUCGAUCCGAAAAGUCAGAAAGCAAUCGCAAAAUUCUCGAGGAGAAAGAGGAACAAGGGUAUGAAAAGACAAGAGAGAUUGAAGAUAUGGCAAAAGAUAUGAAAUUCACUGUAGAAGAGAAAGAGAAUCUUUUCAAAGAAGCCACAUUGCGCGAGAAAAAGCUCCUGGCUGAUCUGAAACGCGCCGACGCGAAGUUGAAUCAAGCAAUGGCUAAGUUGAAUGAAUUAGAAAGCAAACACGAAGACAUUGUGACCACAACUAGUUCGUUGGAAGGAAACGUGAAUACGCUGCAGGAAAAAGAGGAUGAGUUCACUGAGAAAAUUAAUUUCUUGAAUGAUCAAAUUAAACAAGUGACAGCGUUGGAGGAGGAAAAAAAUUCCACUGUGAAAGCAAGCGAACGAAUCAUAGAGAGGUUGAAAUGUGACAUUGGUGUCAUGAAAGAUAAACUCUCAGAAGUCGAGAAACAAUUUAAUGAACUUGAUGCUGUCUAAUCUAACAUUUUGGGCAAAUCAAUUGAGAAUAUUUGGACUGAUAUGUGAUUGUUGUUGUUUGAAUCUUUGAAUGUAGACUUUCCGUUCUAACAAGUCUACGUUUUUCAUCGUUUAGAUAGCUAUAGUUUAGGAAAAAUUUAUACGGUUAAAUCUUUAUUAUUACAAUACCAUACACUCAAUUAGAUAGCUACAUUUAGUACAUCUGAUCAAAUAACUUUGAAGUCAACAUUGAACACUCUCAAAUAUUUUGAAAUCAUAAUUAGCGGCAUUUUUUUGUACUAUUAUCAAUUUAAUUAUACAAAAUAAAUCGACAUGAAAAUUUAAAA